UUCCCCAAGUGCGGGCGACGAUGCGCGGCGCGGGGCGGCGGCGCUAAAGCACCCCGGCGGGUGAAGAGACUGCGGUGGGCGGCCGCGGGCGGCGUUGGCCCGGAUUUGCGGCCGUUGUGGUGGUGGGGAUCUUCGGGUAAGACGCGGGGCAAAGCCGGAGCCAGUUCAAAGGUCCUGCUUCAGCGUUACAUACACGAGUCCUCCUGACUUCAAAGGGUUCACAAGACAAGUCUGCACAUGUUGCAGUGUGAGUGCUGGACGCCAUUCAGAGUUGAUGCUAGGGGCAAAAUUACAGGGUUGCUGCUUUUCGGCACAGCAAGGCUUUGGCUAUGAACACACCAUCCUUGCCUCCCAGCAGUCAGGACAACCUGAUAAAAACCAAUCCUUGGACAAUAUCCCUCGGACAGUCUUUCUACUUCUCUGUUCAAGGUUAUAAUCAUGGGAAGUGUCAGUAGCCUUAUCUCCGGACACAACUUUCACAGUAAGCAUUGUCGGGCCUCUCAGUACAAGCUGCGUAAGUCAUCCCAGCUGAAAAAGCUGAACAGGUACUCCGAUGGUCUGCUGAAGUUCAGCUUCUCCCAAGAAGCUGGCCACAACAAGUCCAGCUCCAAAGGCAAUAAGAACGAGGACUUCUUUUACAUCAAAGUGAACCAGAAGGCACACCGAACAGACUAUGCACCACUCUCGGGUGGUGAGCUGGAAGGUCAGGCUGGGACAAGCAGCAGUGAUUACGGUACCCCAACACCCCCCAAACUGAAGCCAGGCUCCAACCAGCUGGAACUAGCUACAGAGAAGAGUGUGGCAAGGGCCACUGCUUUCAAACCAGUUCUCCCUCACUCAAACACGGUUCUCCAUUCUUCUCCUGAUCACAGCAAUGCUGCUCAGCAGUUCCCAACCCAAGACAAAGCCAAAGAUCUAGAGAGUAAGCCUGCUCUUUGUUCUGGAGGACUUUCAGAUUCGGGGAGAAAUUCUAUGUCCAGCCUGCCCACACACAGUACAGCCAGCAGCUACCAGCUGGACCCCCUGAUUACUCCUGUUGGCCCCAUCAGCCGAUUUGGAGGCUCUGCUCACAAUAUCACUCAGUGUGCCAUCCUUCAGGAGAGUAACAUGAUGAGCUUGAAAGCUCUGUCUUUCUCCGAUGGGGGCACCAAGAUCCUCAACCCAGGCAAGUCUUCCACUCAUCCCCAUAUGACUGAGAACAGUGUUUGUGUCCGUUCACCCAUCUCCACAGAGGAAUCCGCCAUUCAGGAGCUGGAGCAGAAGCUGAUGGAGCGGGAGGGUGAGCUGCAGGAGCUCCAGUGCAGCUUUGAAGAGAAAGAGAUCACCUCCUGCCAAAGCUACGAAGAGAAGCAAAGGCGUUGCCGGGAGGAGAUGGAAGGAUUGAAGCAGAAAUGCAACAGCAAACUGAAGCAGACAUCACAGAAGAACCAGCGAGCGCAACAACUCUUGCAACUGCAGGUGUUCCAGCUGCAGCAGGAGAAGCAGCAGCUGCGGGAGGAGCUGUCCAACUUGAUGAAGGAGCAGGACCUUCUAGAGAACAAGCUGAGGACAUACGAGAAAGAGAAGACCACCUUUGCUCCUGCACUGGAAGAAACACAGUGGGAGGUUUGUCAGAAGUCUGGUGAGAUCUCUCUCCUGAAACAGCAACUGAAAGAAUCCCAGACAGAGCUGAACAGCAAGACCAAUGAGGUGCUCAAUCUGAAAGCUCAGCUGAAGGACCUCCGGGCCAAGAUGGAACUGUUGGAGAUUAAAAUUCAGGAUUUGGAGGAUUCGUUGCAUGCCAAAGCCAUGGAACUAGAGGUAUGUGAGAAUGAACUCCAACGCAAGAAGAAUGAGUCAGAGCUACUAAGGGAGAAAGUGAACUUGCUGGAACAGGAGAUUGCAGAGUUGAGAACUGAACUGACCAUCCUCAGGGAGGAGAUGAAAUGUGGUAUGGUUUCCAUGGGCUUGGAGGAAAGCAUGGUGGAGGAUGCCCAAAUCCUGUGGAGGGAAGUAGAAAAGCUAAAAAAAGAACUGCAGGAGGAACAGGACAGCAACAAGCAGAUCACUGUCAGCUUUCAGCAGGAACGACAAACCUGGAAGGAGGAGAAAGAGAAAGUGAUCCAGUACCAGAAGCAGCUGCAGCAAAGCUACCUUCACAUGUACAAAAGAAAUCAAAACCUGGAGAAGAUGCUUCAGCAGCUGGCUACUGGGGAGGAUGGUAAAGAUCCCUUAGAUCUUGAUCUCCAUGGAACUGAUGUCCCUUAUGAAGACAUUAUUGCCACUGAAAUCUGAAUCUGAAGGGUGCUAUGUUUUGCUGCCCACUGCAGAAAGAUCUCACUUGGGGUUAUGUGUAAUUUCACAGAGCGCUUUUAAUGGAGGUCCUUGUCUGGCCAAAACAAGUCACCAGCCAUUGUCCAUGCAUUUCCACUCCCAACUUCUUUAUCCAGGUGUACCUGACUGCUGUUGUAGGGUAACCCAUUGAGAAAAGGGAAGAGAAGAAUUCCCAACUGACUUUUUCUGUCAUGACGUGAUCCAACAUAGGAGCAACUUUGGUAGAAAAGUUACAAGAAUCUCUGAGCCAUUAAUAAUAUGAGAUAAGACCUGCUUGUAUUCCAAGACCCUCUUAAUUCCCCCGUGAGAGGACUCUGGGGAAAAGCACACCCAUUAAACUAUUAGUUAAGGAAGAGUGACUUGCACAUCCAGCAAGAAUUGGUCAUCAUGGUCCUCAAGGGUAACCAGUCAUUCCAUCUUUGCAGAACAUAGUGUGUUCUACUGGAAUAUUUAAGCAUCAGAUGGAACGAUAGUAGCAUUGCUCCAUUAUUUGUCUGCAAAGGACCUGCCUCCUUCAGAAAUGAUGGGCUAAUAUUUUAGAGUCCCGGAAGCCAUAAUUUGUCAGUCAGCCAAUGGAUCUUCCUCAUCGUUUACCCUUCUUUUAGCAUUUGCCUCCCUUUCUGAACAAGCUGAAGUUUGGGAGAGGUAUAUUUUUAUUUAUUGUGUGAGUGCACAUGUCUAUAUUAGAGAUGGGAAUUGGAUUUUGAAAUUUUCUUGUGUUUUUGAACAGGAAUGUUCAGAGUUGUUUAUUUAAAAUGUGAAUAUUUAUAUGUAUGUAUUAUUGUUUUGCAAAUAUCUGGCAUUUAUUUUUCCACAUUUCCUAUUUUGACCUGGAGAAAAAAAACAUAUUGGCUCUUCUGAGCCCAUUAUGUCUAUAGAUAUAACUGGAAAUACAGGUUUGCCUCAAAGUGAUGCUUUCUUUAGAAACAUGCUAGCUUCUAUUUGAUGUUUUAAAAAUUAAAAACUUCUUUAAAAAGUAAAUGAGGUCAUGCAAAGAGCUUGGAGGGAACCAAGGAAUAUACUGAAUUGACAGCCAUCUAACUUUAUUUACUUAAAACAUACAUCUUGUAAAAAAUCAACACCAAUUCAAAGCAGCCAACAACAACAGUAAAACCAUUAGUUAACAAUCUUCAAAUACCGUGUUUCCCCGAAAAUAAGAUCUGGUAUUAUUUUCUUUUCGGCCGCAAAAUAAGCACCAAAUUUAUUUUCAGGGAAUGUCUUACCCACUUACCUUAGGACCAUUGCAGCCAUGCCUCCCAUAUCCUGACCCCUUUCGUGCCACUGCCCGACUUCUGUGGCCACUUGCAGCCAGACACUGCAUGGCUCAUUGUGCCGGUCCCACCACUUGCAGCAGGAGGCUGCAGGGUGCAUUGUUCCAUUGUCUUGUGCGAGCAGCGGUCCUAGUGUGAUGUGCCAUGUGGCAUCUGGCUGCGAGCAGCUGCAAGAAGUUGCAGAAGUCAGGCAAUGGUGUGACAAGUGUUGGGACAUGGGAGGCCUGACUGUGGCAGUCCUAAGGUAUGCUGAGCAUAUAGAGCAGCUCCAUCUUUCCCAAGCCCCAUCUGAGCUUGAUUGUUUACGCCUGCACCUCGCCUCACCUUGUACAACCAGAAGAUGGGCAGGGCUUAACUAGGGCUUAUUUUUGGAGUAGGGCUUAUAUUAGGCACAGGUGUGAAAAUUGGGCUAGGGCUUGUUUUCAUGGCAGGUUGUAUUUUCGGAGAAACCAUCAAUUCCUACUAUAUUGAGGGAUUACGAGAACUGAAGAGAAAUGGUUAAAAGAAGAAACAUCAGUACAAUUGUUAUAACUACAGUAAAACAAUAAUAUAUGAAUGACUGUCUUACUAAACAGGAAAGUUUCUUUCUUACUUCCAGAAGUUUUAAAGAGGGGACCAGAAACAAGGCCCUGUUCCCUAUCAAUUUUGAAACUGCUACCACACAUAGUAAACCAUAAUAAACAAGUAUUUAUUUGACUCCAUGUUCAGUAUUUUUGGAUACUUAGUCUCCUUCCCUUACCUCCAGCCCAAAACAAAAUAGCCAGUAAGAGAAUCUUGAAAAAUACUUUUCUUGGCACCUGAUUUCUAUUUAGGUAGCUUUGACCUUCUUCUUUCCACUGAGGAGAAAUGUUCCUUGUAGAGUUAAUAAAGGUCUUCACAGUAUUUGGUCUAAAAGAGAUUGAAAAUAUGGCUACCAUCCUAUGCCUUGCCAAUGACAGCUUAAGAAAGCAAAACAGCAAAGGACUUGUGUCAAAGUAGCUACAAAAGGGCAGCCAAAUUAUUUUGGCAUCUGACACAAAAAAGUACCUUGUUAGUAAUAUAAUAAUACAACCCCGCUCCCCCGUUGUAACAGUUUUAGAUGCUAUUGCGACAUCAGAAAUGGACCAUCUCACCACCAUGUCAUGCUGUUCCACAAACAUUCCUUGUGACCUUUAGAGAAACCUGCCAUGAAACAUCAUUUACAAUAAAAUGCCAUAUCAAAAAUAGAAAUGCAAAAAGGGAAAAGAAAAUCUGGCUUCAAACAGAGAGAAAUUAACAGUUUAGAACUUAAAUAGCAAUAGCUUUUUUACUGCCACCUGAAAAGAUGCAUGACUGAGUUCUUUGAUUCCGAAAAAAAAUAUGUACUUCAAAACCACAUUUCAAAGGUUAUAAUCCAUUGGCAGAACAGAUGCUUUUCAUGCAGAAGCUCUCAAGCUUAAAUUCAAUCCCUGGUAUUUUAUGGUAGGAUUUAUAGACAUCUCUUUGAAAUGCAGUCCUUGAGAGAAAUACAGAAUUUUGUAGGGCACUGGUUUAGCUUGGUGGAGCUAACUUUCUGUGUCUGUAUAGUGAAGAAACCCAAUAAGCAUUCUUUUUUGUAGUGAUUUCAAAACAUUGUUUGACUACCCAAUUCUUUUCUAUUGUUUCUGUGAAAUAGGAGAAUUUUAUAUGAUGCAAACAGCAGCACCCCAAUCCUAUCCAUACUUGGGAGAUUCUCACAUUCUUAAAAUCUUGUUUUAACUAACAUUGUAUUGGGUGAACAAGGCCAAAAGCAUUUUUCACUUUGUUCUCAGUACCUUUUGAACUUUGAGAAGCUCAAAGUUCCAAAAUGUUGGAGAAUUUCCAAAAUGUCAGAAUGUAUGAGUUUCUUCCAUUCAGAGAGAAUACAUGUAUUGCAUCUUGCAUUUUUUUUUGCAAAUCUUUUGUCCUGCAUGCAACCAGCAUCCCUGCAACUUGCCCAAGUAGCUAACAAUCCUGUUUCUCUAUGUAGCUACAAACUACGAAACACUCUUGCGUCACUGCAUAUUAAGUCUUAACAGCGUUUAUCACCCCUUGCCUGCCAAUCAGCUAAUUGGGUUUGUGCACAUAUGCUUCUGAUUAGCAAAAUUUGCAUUGUUAAUUGCAGUUUUAAACAACAGCCCUGUCCCUGGUGAAACACCCAGUGGUGCCCAGGGAUUUAAUUAUCUCUGAAUGGGAGGGAGUCUGGAUGAUAGUCAUUUUCCUGCUGAAGUGAUAAAAGUUCUUCUCCUCCAUUCUGUUUGCUCUUCCAUUCAUUUUGCAUUGGGGCAGGAACCCAGCUGUUGGCAGGAACAAUUAAAAGGAGUUGUUGUUUCCAAAAAUAAUCUAUUGGAUGAAUGGUCCCCCCCUUUCUGUGGUGAACUGUUUGGGGAUAGUGAAGACAAAUUGGAUAUCACUUUUAAUUGCAAUAAGUGUUAGUUGGUGCCCUGCCUGCCAGUCUGAUUUUGUCAGUAAACAUAUAUUAAAGCCCUUAGCACAGAUCUAAAUUUUAGAAAAUCUCCAUGUAGCCAAUGAAGUUUACACCUAGAAAUGAGUAAAGUAAUAACUAGCAGUCAGCAUGGGUUUGUUAAAAACAGAUCAUGCCAAACCAAUCUUAUUUCAUUUUCAACAUAAUGACUAAAUUAAUAGACCAGCAAAAUACUUUAAACAUAAUAUACUUAGACUUCAGCAAGGCAUUCAACAAAGUAGACCACAACCUACUUCUUCAUAAGCUAGAAAAAAGUGGGAUAGAUAACUUCACCACCAGAUGGAUUCUCAACUGGCUGACAAACCAUACUCAACAAGUAGUCCUCAAUGGGUCUAAGUCUACAUGGAGAGGAGUAAGCAGUGGGGUGCCACAAGGUUCUGUCUUAGGCCUCUUCAAUAUAUUUAUAAACAAUUUAGAUGAGGGAAGAGAAGGGGAACACACCAAAUUUACAGAUGUUACUAAGCUAGCAGGAAUAGCUAACAUCCUAGAAGAUAGGCUCAAGAACCAGAUGAAUUUUGACAGACUUGAACAGUGGGCCCUUUCUAACAAAAUGAAAUUCAAUGUAGAGACAAGUAAAGUCUUACACUUAGAUAAGAAAAGCCAAAAGCACACAUAUAAACUGGGGGAAACCAGGCUUAAUAGCAGUAACUAUGAGAGGGAUCUUGGAGACUUAAUGGACAACCAAAUAAAUAUGAGCCAGCAGUGUGCAGUGGCAGCCAAAAAAAUCAAUGCAGUCCUAAGUUGCAUUAACAGAGUGAUACAAUCAAGAUCAAGUGAGGUACUAAUACCACUAUAACGCCUUAGUAAGACCACACCUAGAGUACUACAUCCAGUUUUGGUCACCACACCAAAUAUUGAGACUCUAAAAAAAGUGCAGAGAAGAGUGUUAGAGUUUGUAGCAAUCCAACCAGCAUACUAAUAAAGAAUUCAGCAUGAUUCAUGUAUAUAAGAAACUUCUUUAUAUACAAUGCCAUAUAGCAGAAGCCAGAACCAGAACUCAGAAUCCAGACGCACAGAAUCAAUAAUUACAGAAGCACAUAUAUACAUACAUACAUACAUGCAUGCAUGCAUACAUACAUACAUACAUACAGAUAUAGAUAUAGAUAUAGAUAUAGAUAUAGAUAUAGAUAUAGAUAUAGAUAUAAACCAGUGAACCUAAGCCAUGCCCAGUUUCUGAGCCAUCUGGGUCGAUAAACAGUCCCCAUUGGCUGACCUGUUACCAUGUCUAUUCCAAUUCAUGAACUCUCACACACUGACAAAGAGCAAUCAGGAUGAUUUUUUAAGGGGCCCACCUCUGAUUGUCCUGGUGCAAACCGAUGUUAAGAGCAGAACUUCCUCAGCUGGUCUUUCUGCAUGAUAUGGAGUAGUACUUGAGUUCUAAGAUAAUAAACCAUGGAUAACCAUAGACAAACAUGUUAGUGGAAAUAAAACCGAUAAGCCUUAGAUAUAGGUAUACAUUCAAUUGUCUGGAUGAUGUGCUGACCUAAAAUAAAGUAGAGCCACCCAAAUUGUGAGAAAUCACAUUUAUGUUUCCCAUUGGCAUGAAAUUAGGUCACCUGGUCCUCAUCAGACCAGCCAACUGUGUGUAUAUUUGUCUAUCAAGAAGUGUUUUCUGCAUCAGUGACCACUUCUAGAAAAAAAAUCUGGUGCAUUGGGUCAAAGCAGUUUGUCUGUUCACCUCUUACAUUCUGUACAGUGCUACAAAACAGAUGUGUGAACUUAGCUUGAGUUUGAGGCAUUCUACUAAUAACAGGUCAUCCUUAAAUAUAGUGGCUAGUUCACACAGUACAGUAAACAUAUUUAAUGAAUUAAUCAAUUUAUUGGGUUUGUACCAUACACUAAAUCAUAAACCAACAAGAAGAUUUUAACUGAUUCAGAUAAAGAUUUAAGUGCACAGCAUAGUACGCUUGGUUAAUUUUAAACUUGGUUACAUGUUUGUGGUGAUGGCUUAGCAAAUUGAAUUUGUCAAAUCUGUUUAUAAAGUUAUGAACUGUGCAAAACCUUGAGAUAUAAUGCAAUCUAGAUUUUGAAAAUGGUAUCUUAGUAAACCUCAAUCUUUAAAGUGGGAAAAAAGGUGCUGUAGAGUUUCUAGAUCUCUGCGUCAUGGUGCUAAUUCAAUGAGAUAGGAGAAUAUGCAGGAUAAUAAACUCAAUCCCUGAAGACAUACAUAGACACAUCCAUGAUCUUUUCUUGACAUGAUAUGGAAGUGAUUGGCCAGGUAGAGUGGAAUUGUCUUUCAACUCUACUCCAUAUUAUUGAGAUUUUCACAUGAACCUCUAAUUCUGUAGGUACCAUCUGCCGAGGCCACUAUAAAGAGAACUGAACCCUUUCCUUAUACUCCAAUACUCUACAAAUUCCAUCCUCUAGUUCUUUCCAUCAUUCUUGUCCCAAGUCCCAGACUGGAAUUUUGAUAGUUUCCCACAUUUGCAUUAGCAUGACAGAUAGUAAAACAGGUCCACAAAUUUGCUACCAACAUGGCAGUGGACAAAAAUACAAAAAAAGGAGGUAAAUCUCUACCUAGCCAUUGGCUUCUUCCUCUGGAUGUAUAAUUAAUUAUUACUCAGUCAAAUAUCACCUAACACAUUCUGCAUCAUGUAGUCAGUCAAUUGAGGCUCUUCCUUUGGAUGUCAUCUAAUGAUUCCAGAAUCUGGUCAGCAAACCAGUGAUCUCAUCACUCCCCUAAAUUGAUUUCUUGAACCACUUUUCCUGCUUCACUAAUGAUAGUGUAUUAUGUACAGCUUUGGGACCAUAUAUAUUCACCUGAAGCUGGAUUAUUCCUGGCAUUGGAAUAAUUUCCAGAGCAUGUUGCAGUUUCUUUGGUGAUGUUGGGUUUUUUUCUUUUAUUUUUUUGGGGCUAAGGAAUGGCAUCUGUAAAAAUCAGAUUAUUCCAGCAAUGACUUUGGAAUCCAUGUUCCAUUCUAGCCAGGGGUGAAAUGCUCCCGGUUCGGACUGGAUCAGAUGAUCCGGUAGUGAUGGCAGCGGGUGGUUCGGAGAACUGGUAGCAAAAAUCCCUGGCCCCCCUCACCCAUGCCCACCAGGUCCCCCGCUUCCCCACUUACCGCUUCUUUCUGGUUUGCUUGCUUUUCCCGCCUGAAUGGUAGGAAUAGGUUGUAAAAAAUGCUUUUAAAAGGUAAAAAAAGGCUCUGACAAUCACAGCUGAGCCAUGUGAUCAUCAGAGCCUUUUUUUUACUUUUAAAAGCAUUUUUUUCAACCUAUUCAGCUGAAUAGGUUGUAAAAAAUACUUUUAAAAGUAAAAAAAAAGAUUGCACACUACAGCUGAUCACACCCACACCCACACACCGCUGUUCUACUUAUCCCAUGCAUCCUUUUGCCGUGUACUUCGCAUUUGGUGCAUGGUGCACACUUUGCACUUUGGCAUGCAGCGCGCAUGCGCAGCCAGCGAACUGGUAGUAAACCGGUUCAUAUUUUGCCACUGAUUCUAGCACUUCUAUGAAUCACAGUUUUUCUUUCUCUCUCUCUCUCUAAUCUUAUCCAUCUAUCCACUCAUCCAUCCAUUAUCUUUCCCAGCCACAAAUAAGCUUCCUUGCUGGAUUUCUUCUUAUAUUUAUCCAUCUAAAGAAUUCAUUGGCCAAGCUCACACAAUUUUGCUAAACCAUAAUUUAUUUUAAACAUGCUUUUUUGAAAGUUGCAAGAGCUGGGUCAUAUAACACACUGAGACUAGGAUUUGUUGAGUAACCACAGUAGCUGGACUCCUGCAAUACAAAUCACAAUGGCUGGAUUCAUAUAAACUGUUUGCAAAAAAUGGACAAGCUAUAUUGUGGCUUGCUGUGAUCUAGUACAUUUAAUUUAGCCAGACUGCUCUUUUUCCAACAUGGAAGAUGUCAGGAAUUGAAUCCAACAUUUGCUGAUGAAGCAUAUGCUCUAUCCUGGAUGGUGAGUUCUAAUGUGAGUAUACCUACCUCCCCUUCAUCUUCCUCAAUUUUACUGUGCAUAGUUGCUUGUUUCUCAGUCUGUAUCUGACCUAUAUAACCUAGACCGGGGUACCCAACCCCUGGUCUGUUGACCAGCACUGGUCCACGGCAUGCCAGAAACUGGGCUCCGCAGGAUGGAGGCAGCACAUGAAACCAUGCCCCUCCAAUCUGUGGAAAAACUUCUCUCCACAUAACUGGUCCCUGGUGCCCAAAAGGUUGGGGGCCACUGAUCUAGACCAAAGGUCCCCAACCCCUGGACCGCAGCCCACUACUGUUCCAUAGCCUAUUAAGAACCAUGCCGCCCAAGCAAUGUGGCGUGUGCAACUCAACUUGAGCAAGUCAUGCUUGCGUGCCAGGCCACUGCUCAUGCAAGUCAAGCUACACUUGCGCUGGCCCACUCUUCGCAUGGCCCAGUUCCCUUCUCCCCCCAACUCCAGCCAGACCGCCAAGCUGCAAAGGUUGGGGACCGCUGAUCUGGACAGAAGCAACAAAAUAUGCAGAGAUAAUUUGCUUGAAUGUGGCAAGUGGGCAACAAUGUCCAGUGACAGACAAAUAGGAUGUCCAGAAAGCUCCAAAAUUGGCCAUGGACCUUCCAUAGAUCAUGAAUUUCAUGGGUGUCCAAUGACACUUCCACUGCCCUUGUUUUGCUUCCUUAUAUGGGAGGUUACAUGCUACUAAAGGCAAAUAAUUCACCAUGACUUUCCAUUAUUUUGUUCUAGUCCUCUGAAGUAUUGGGGAGGGAAUCUCAUGAGCCAUAUGGCCCCCUCCCCAUUUAAUGUGACAAUGAUUGCUACCUUUGCACAAAUAUUGUGUUUGAUUUGUGAUGGUAUGUGUUGCCAGCAUGUCACUUGCUUGCCUUGUCCCACUGUGUGUGGGAGUAGUCAUCAUCUGGGCUAUACACAGUACUGUUCUUCCCAUCACACUGUUUUUUCUUCAAUAUAGCUCUUGCUGGUUUUUCAUGUAUUAAAGUGUAAUUUCUGGUGAGCAAUGUAAAUGGACUCUAUGUUUUUUAUGUAU